CUGUAGCUCACUCGUCUUGUUUCUUCUUAUUCAAUUUUACUGAAAUUAUAGCGUCUGUUUGUACUUGGGCGACCUUUGGGUGAUUGCGUUUGAUGUUUAGAUUCUUCUCAUGACGACAGACAUCGCGAGUGUUGUCUCGAAGAGGAUUUAUUUGUGUUCUCCUUCACCAGCGCUAGCAUCACACGGCUAUCAGCGGUGAUCUUAUGUAAUAUGGCGGUAAGCGGGUAAUGUAGCCGGUGUUGUUCCAUGCAGGACAGCCUUGGACGGGACGUAGCGCCCCCUACCUGCCAGUGCAGCGCGCUACCACAGAAUGAAUGGAGGCGGUCACACACACACACACACACACACAAAGGAGCAGCACUUUGUUGAAAAGUUCUCCCCGGGCUGCUUUAAAGCACCACGCAAGACGAGGACGUCGUCAAGCACACACCAUCGUCGCCACACCCGACAACAUCUACGACUUUCCACGGAGGAGAAAAGUCGAUCAAGUUCUUUCGAUGUUCGCCUCGCAGUGGCGGCUUUUGUGACGUGAAAACCGGGACACGUCCCGGCGAAGGACAAUGCAGGACAGCCUUGGACACAGGACCGAUCGCCGGCUCGUUAGCAAUUAGCACCGGCACGCUAACUUGCAGGGGUUUCCACCCGGGUUCGUGCCCUCCUCGACCCGUCACCGGCAGGAGAGAAGUAUCGCACGCCUCGAUGGUUCCCAACAAGUGGAGCAUGAAUUCCGUCCUGCACAAGUCGCCACCUCGGAGCUGGCUGGGACUCAAAUUGAGACUCAAUGACAAGCCCGUCCAGGAGGAGGACUGGGUGGUGUGCCAGCAUCCCGACUGUCCCGACCGCCGCAGGGCCUCAAAGGUGUGCCACCACCCCGACUGCCAGGGCCCGAAUAGCAAGACCCCCCUCCCCCUGUGUGAGUCAUGUGACUCUCGCUGCCAUGCGGAGACCAACAUGCACUUUGACCGCCACCCCCGCUUUGACCUUCAACCCCAAGCUUCCAUCCUGGCUCGGAACGUGUCCACGCGAUCCUGCCCCCCGCGCACCAGCCCCCCCUCCGACCUGGAGGAAGAGGACGGCGGGGGCAGUGACCGCGGGGAGAAGACGGCGGGGGGGGGGAAGCUGGCCAAGAAGAAGGCGCGCAGGCGACACACCGAUGACCCCAGCAAGGAGUGCUUCAGCCUGAAGUUCGACCUCAGCGUGGACAUGAAGACAGAAGUAGUCCCUGCUGUGAAGAAGAGAACCCUAAGGGAGGUUUUGGGUCCCGUGUUUGAGAGGAACGGCAUCGACCUGUCCCGGGUGGACCUGUUCUUGGACCAGUCCAACACACCGCUGUUCCUCAACUUCGAGGCCUACCGAUUUGGCGGCCACUACCUCAAGGUCAAAGCGCGGCCCGGCGACGAGCUGAAGGUGGAGCAGGGCGUGAAGGACAUGAGGUCCCUCAGCCUCCCCAACAUGAAGCCCUCGGGGAGUCCUUACAUCGUCACGCCGGCCCCCGAGAGGGCGGAGCACGGAUCUCUGGGACGCCGCGAGGGCGUGGACCUGCUGGGUCCGGCCCGGAGGAGGAAGAACAUGACGGAGUUCCUGGGGGAGACCAACAUUCCCGGCCCGGACACGCUGGGACAGAUGAGCGGCUCUCUGCCCGCCGCCGGACCCGACAGCUGGAAGAACCGAGCCGCCAGCCGCUUCAGCGGCUUCUUCAGCUCCAACGGCCCCCCCAACGCCUCCUUUGGCAAGGAAGUGGACCGGCUGGAGCAGCUCCAGAGCGAGCUGCACACGUACACCAUGUUCGGGAUGCCCAAGGUGCCGCGGCAGCUCUCCUUCCACCAGGACUCCUGGGAGGAGGAGGACGAGCAGGAGCCGGACCUGGUCCUGGAGGACAGCUGGCAGACGUUGAUGGACGACGCCCAGACGCUGACGAGGAGGCAGUUCCACCAGCAGGAGGCCAUUUGGGAGCUGCUACACACCGAGGCUAGCUACAUCAAAAAGCUCCGAGUCAUCACCGACCUGUUCCUGUGCGGCCUCCUAAACCUGCAGGAGAGCGGCCUCCUGGUGGAGGUGGAGCCCCCACGCAUCUUCAGCAACGUGCAGGAGAUCGUGGGCCUUCACACGGCCCUCUGGAACCGAGUCCUGCUCCCCCUGCUGGACAAGGCCAGGAAGGCCCGCACCCUGCUGGACCCCACCGACCUCCACCAAGGCUUCAGGACGUUCUCCUCCAGGUUCAAGCCGUACAUCCGCUACUGCAUGGAGGAGGAGAGCUGCAUGGAGAACAUGCGGGCGCUUCUCAGGGACAACGAGCUCUUCAGGACCUACGUCACGUGGGCCGAGACCCACAAACAGUGCAACCGCCUCAAGCUGGCAGACAUGUUGGCCAAACCUCACCAGCGCCUCACCAAAUAUCCUCUCCUGCUCAAGAGCGUCCUCAAGAAGACGGACGAGCCGUCGGCCCGCGACAUCGUCAGCAGCAUGGUGGCCACGGUGGAGAGCUUCAUCGACAGCAUCAACUCGCACAUGCGUCAGCGUCAGGAGCAGCAGAAGCUGGCCACCAUUUCCGCCCGCAUCGACUCCUACGAGGCGGUGGAGGGCAGCAGUGAGGAGGUGGAGAAGAUCCUCAAGGAGUACAACCGCUUUGACCUCCUGGCUCCCAUGAGAGGAACCUCGGCCGAGGAGACGCGACAGCUCCACCUGGAGGGCGCGCUGAGGAUGAAGGAGGGCAAAGACAGCAGGAUGGACGUCUAUUGCUUCCUCUUCACCGACCUGCUGCUCAUCACCAAGCCCGUCAAGAGAGUGGAGAAGGUGAAAGUCAUCCGCCAGCCGCUCCUCAUCCACAACGUGGUCUGCAGGGAGCUGAAGGACGCGGGUUCCUUCAUCCUCAUCUACCUCAACGAGUUCCGGAGCGCCGUGGCCGCCUACACGUUCCAAGCCAACAGCGCCCCCCAGGGGAGGAGCUGGAUGGAGGCCAUCGCCAGCGUGCAGAAUCAUCUCCAGGAGCUGCGCACCGAGGAGGUGAUCAGACGGCAGAACUCCAUCAAGACCAAAACGCCGCAGGAAGACUACCACCAUCAUCAAGAAGAAGAAGAAGAAGAAGAUGAGAGCAGCAACUCCAAUGCUAGUUCUCCAUGUCUGACACACAAACAGCAGCACAACCUCAGCCAAUCGGACGCUUCCACCGAGACGCUGUCGGUGAUGGACGUGGACGAUCCGACCGAGUCGUCUCCCAGCGAGGGACACACGGACGUCUCGGUCCUAUCAGAGAGGUCGGAGGCGGAGCUUUCCUCAAGUCUCCACAGGACAUCCUCGGGCGUCUCCUCUGAUCCCGACCAGGAGGCGGAGCCUGACGGCUCGGAGCUGGACCCUCAGUGCCGCUCUCUGUCCAUGGACAGCGCCUACGGGACGCUCUCCCCCGAGUCGCUCCUCAGAGAACUUCAGCCUCAGCAGAGCGAAGGGGAGGGCACGGGGGGGGAGGAGGAGGAGGAGGACGACGACGACGACGACGCCUCGUUGGGCUCGCAGCUGUCCGUGGUCCGCUCGUGUAAACCUCGCCGGCGCCCUCAGGUGACGCCCCGAGUCCACCGCCACCGGAAGCUGCCCGCUCUGGCCUUGUCUCGCUCCGAGGACAACCUCCUGCAGCGCCUCCAUGCCAAGGUGGCCGCCUCCUCCGUGGCGCGUGACCACGCCUGCUCCCGUGGGAAGGACACGCCCCCGCUGGGGCUCAGCAAGAGCCUGUCGGAGCUCGGAGGCGAGGCGUCCGGCGUCAACGCUCCAAGCAGCGCCGGCUCCGACGGGGCCGCUGCGCCCUCCGGCGACGCCCGGAGCAAGCGCGAGUCCGUGACCGGCGCCGAUUCGGGCGAUUCGUCGCCCAAAGCCAGGAAGUCGCCGCCCCAGCAGCACAAGAAGCUGACGCUAGCGCAGCUCUACCGAAUACGCACCACUCUGGUCCUCAACUCCACCCUCACCGCCUCGGAGGUGUAACCAUGGCAACCACUUGAGACCAAUGCACUCGCCAUCGAGGAGGAGGAGGAGGAGGAGGAGGAGGAGACUCUCACUGCUUGCACUUUGCAGAGGACGGUAGCACCACAAGGAGGCGGAGCUGCCUCUUUUUAUUUUGGGGGAUGGGGGCGGAGCUUUGGGGCAUGGAUGGGCGGGGUCAUGACUUUAAUUUGCUCCGACAAAAAAAUGAUUGCACAUAUUAUUUCACAGAAGAAGAAUCGCCAAGGAGACAGUCAUCUGGUGCGCAUGCGUGUACGUGUACGUGCGCGCUCACGGGGACCACCCAACUAACCAAAGAGAGUUAAUCAGGUGUUUCUUAUUCUUUUUCAUUGAUUUCCUGUUUGUUAGAAGAGGCGUGGCCAUUAAGGGUGGGCGGGGUCAUGAACACACGUGACUUUAAAGGCCAACAAAAAAAGCCUAAUGUGUUGGCUCGGCUGCGUAUUUUCUUUUUGUGGCAUGAAGGCGACUUUGGACGAGUUUGGUGAAAAUAUAUUGUUUAUGAUGUGAUAUUUUCCAAACUAAAUACUUUCACAGCAAA